UUGUGUUUCACAUGGAGAGGAAGACGAUGAUCCUCUCAGUCUUGUAUGUCCUUCUGCCUCUUUUAGAUGUGUUGUCGUACGCCGAGGAGAACGUGCGCGCCGGGGCCACGCGGCUGGACUGUGUGCGGGCCAGUGAUCAGUGCAUGAAGGAGCAGGCGUGCAGCACCAAGUACCGCACGAUGAGGCAGUGCGUGGCCGGCGGCAAGGAGAGCAACUUCAGCAUGGUGGCCGGCCUGGAGGCCAAGGACGAGUGCCGGAGCGCCAUGGACGCGCUCAAACAGAGCCCGCUGUACAACUGCCGGUGUAAAAGGGGCAUGAAGAAGGAGAAGAACUGCCUGCGCAUUUACUGGGGGAUCUAUCAGACUUUACAAGGUAAUGAUUUCUUGGAGGAUUCUCCGUAUGAACCCAUGAACAGCCGUCUAUCGGACAUUUUCCGCCUGGCUCCCAUCAUGGAGGGUGGGGAACCGUGGAGCAGCUCCGCCACUUCGGCUCCAGGCAGGGGGGGUGCCCAGGGCAGAGAGCCCGCACUGGGCAGAGGGAGCCCCUCCUCCACGGAACUUCAGGAUCCGAGUAGAAACAGGAGAGCUCAUCCCAAUUGGGCCAUACUGGGUGAGCCUGCAGUUGCCAGAGAGAACAACUGUCUGAACGCUGCCAAGGCCUGCAACCUGAAUGACACGUGUAAGAAGUACCGCUCGGCCUACAUCAGCCCCUGCACCAGCCGCGUCUCCACCGCUGAAGUCUGCAACAAGAGGAAGUGCCACAAGGCCCUGCGGCAGUUCUUUGACAAGGUUCCUCCGAAGCACAGCUAUGGCAUGCUGUACUGCUCGUGCCCGCUCAGCGACCAGACAGCGUGUUCAGAACGCAGGCGUCAGACCAUCGUCCCUGUCUGCUCGUACGAAGAAAAACAGAAGCCCAACUGUCUCGAGCUGCAGGCCUCCUGCAAGACCAACUACAUCUGCAGGUCACGACUUGCUGACUUCUUUGUCAACUGCCAGCCAGAGCCUCGGUCGCUGUCGGGCUGUCUGAAGGAGAACUACGCAGACUGCCUCCUCUCAUACUCAGGUCUGAUUGGUACCGUGGUGACUCCAAAUUACCUGCGCUCGCCCAAAAUCAGCGUCUCUCCCUACUGCGACUGCAGCAACAGUGGCAACAACAAGGACGAGUGUGACAAGUUCACCGAGUUUUUCACAGAGAACACCUGCCUCCGUAAGUUAUGCCUCUGCCCAGCUGCUGCCACAGAAGUGGUAGAUGCCAGUGUCUGUGUUGAUGUUGUUGUCGAUGGUGUUGGGGUUGCGUUCGUGGUUUCUCUUGUAGGGGGUGGUGGUGGAGGUGGUGGUCUGGACAGGAGACAUCGGCUGCCACACUCCCACGUCUGUCCCAUUGCCAAAGGCCUGGAUGGCAUUACCUACAGAGGAAAAGCUCAGAAACUGAAGUCAAACUCAUCUGUCGAUGGCGUCUUCUGUGUGGACCCUCAGAUAGACGGUCCGAGUACAUCCAACGCCAUCGUGAGGAACUCUGCUGUGUCCAGACGGGCCGCGGGCCUGGCCUCUCUGCUGCCCCCGCUGCUCUGGCUCUGGUACUGCCGCCUGCCGGCCGUCUUGUAGCCUCGCUGCUUCACAGCAACACACUACAACGGACUGACACACACACACACACACACAUUUGUAUAAAAGAAAAAGCAAAACAAGAAAUGAUAUACUUUUUUUCCCAGUAAUACCUGUUGUACUUUUAUUUCCCUUUUGAUUCCUCCUUUUGUUUUGUUUUUUAAUGAAUUUAGUUUGUUGUUCUUUUGCAUUGCAGCUGUGUGCUAAACGGUGAUCUGUACAUGUAAACUCAGUUCGGCUGUGUGUUCCCUUUGGGUUAGUUGAAAAAUGAAAGGGAUUUAAAGCUUCUGUGUUGCUCUCUUGCGCCGAAAUGACAAAAUGCUCAAGGACUACAUUCCAAUAAACCACAGCUGGUGGCUGUUGGAAAGGUACAUACAGCGUGAAGUUUACACAGUCGUCCAACUGGUUUCCACCCACGUCUGUUUGUGUGUUGGGGCUAUAGGUGGGAUCUUUUGCUCUAAAGUCACGGUCAGUUCGGUACCGGCUACAUUUUAUCACUCGGGCCGCCUUCUAGGUGUUAUUCAGUCUCCUCUGUGGUUUGUGUAUGUUUUGAUAAUGACGUGAUCUGGUAUAUAUAUCUAUAUAUAUAUACCAUUUUUUAAAAGGUCCACCUGGAUAUUUAGCUUACACCAAUGACCUGAAACAUCAGAGAAGUUAGAACAUCUGCCCUCGAAGCGUCUCUACUGUAGCUCAUACUGAUCGCUCACACAUCACCGCUGGCAAAAGCACACAGGCAAAGACCCACAAACACACACUGCACAUUUUCACACAUUCAGACAAUAACACAGACAGACACACAGCGCCAGGCUUUCUGCUCCCUUUUUUAUUAUUAUUUUUUACAGCUUUUAGCAAACGCAGUGAUACUCUGAGACCCCGGGACAGGAGGUUACACGCUGCUGUGGAAGGCUAAAUCCACUCCACUCAUUAGUGAUUGUACAUACUUGUAAUUGUUAGAAAUCCAAGCCAUGUUCAGGGUUUCUGUUUGGAAGGCGACAGAGGAGCUGCUGAAGUUUCAUCUGAAUGAUUUUUUUUUUCUUUCUGAAUGUGCUUUGCGUCCACAAAACAACAGCUGGGGGGGAAAAAACAAGCUUAUUGUUGUAGAGUUGUAAUUUACGCCGGAGCUUAAAGCAUCCUUUGCUGUCAGUUCAGUCUUAUGACUUUUUUUCCUCAAUUGUACAACUGUCAACGCGUGUUUGGGGAGGGAGCGAUCACUUGACAUCAUGCAUUUGCUGAGCUUCUACAGCCCCUACUUACACUCACUGCAGCCGUCGAGUUUUUUUUAUUCUAGUAUAGUGUCGAUUGGAAACUUUCUCCAGCUUCACCGGAGGACCUUUUACUCGUUUACGGCUAACUUGUUGAAAUUAUAAUCCCUGAAUAAGGGUUUUUGUUAUGCAUAACCCUGUAACCUCACCAAAUAAUAAAUAGAUAUGAUCUGGUCUUUAGCUUGGGAAGUAGCACUAUUGUACUACUGUACUGCAGAAGAAGAGCUAGAAGGCUCUGGAGGUCUGCAGGUGGAUCUUUGUUAGCUGAUGAUGGGAUGUUGUUGUCCAACCAAAUUAGCAUCGCCCUGGUUCUCUCGACCAAAAAGCGGGUGGAUUUCUCCAUUGGAUUUUGAAUUAAUGCAGAAAAUAAGCUCUGGGAUAAACAAAGGUUAUAAUACUUGAAUGUUUGUCCAGCAUGAACUCCACUUUUGAUUUUUAGAAGCGUAAAUGCAUUUGCCAGAAGUAAAAAGCUAACGUUAGGCCAUAAAAACACACUGCACCACGGUCGCAACGACUUCAACGUCACCGCCGAUAAACUGACAGUGACCUUUAAAUGUCCCCAGCAAUGUCUCCGUAUUGUUUGACAAUACAUAGAAAGUCAACAAGAAGAGACAUCACCAACAUCGCGUUGCAGGGCACCUUUAAGCGAGCGUUAACCCAGAACUGAUUUCAGGCAUCCAACCAAAAACCCAUUGCCUUUGAGACGAGGGAACCAGAGGUGCAAAGAGAAGUGCUAACUCAUUUCUGGGUUUUAGGACUCGUUCUUGCAGCACUCUAUUUAGCCAGGUGUGCUAACAUUAGCAGGUAAGAACUCACACUUAUUUCAUUGUUAUUCCAGAAACGGUAAAAAAAAAAAACAACUACACCACAAUUCAAGCUCGCCGGAUACAGACUAAGGCUCUUGGUAGUUGCCCCAUGAACACAUCUUCUGCAUGCUCAUUGGUCUACAGAGCUGCUGUGCUUGGUAACAGUUGCCAGAUUUAGUUUGGGGAAGGGACAGCAAACGGUCAAUUCUGUCUUGUUAUGAAAGCAACUGCAGUGACGUGCGACUUCCGUAUGUAAGUCAUCCAAAUAUUCUGGAUGAUGCUCCCAUGGGCUGCUGAGAAAUAGCAGUAAAAAAACAAAACAAAAAGCCACAGCAUCGCAAUCACGUUUAGUUCUCAGACGUAAGACGUGUCUGUUUUGAUCAGCUUUUCAGAGUUAUUUGAUUUUUGAAUUCGCCACUUCCCUACAACACGUGACCGGGUCAUCACAUACAACACUGUGGCGUGUUCAGCAAGUUACUUUAUCCACUUAGACACGCGCAAGAGCAUUCAUGACACAACGCUUGGGUUUAUGUAGCUUCUCAAAACAUCAUUAAUGUGUAAUAGAAGUUAAAUGUUAUUUACCAAGCAUUAACAUGGUAUAUGCACUGUAUGUACUUGGCUGAAACUAUAAAUUGGACAAAUACAUGUCUGAUGAUAUUCUAUUCCAGAGCAUUGUGAGCUAUUUUGACAUUCAGAUACAACAUAGAGGACAUUGAAUAAAUCAGAAUAUUGUUUUUUAUAACAACGUAUAUGUAUAUUUCUCCCAGUAUGUACAUGAUUAUGGAAUAUUAUUGAAUCUGAGAAAGAGGAUAUGAACGUAACUGUCCUUACUGUAGUUAUAUACAACUGUAUUUCCUAAGCAUAUUGUUUUGUACCAUUAAUGAUGUUGCUCAAAUAUAGUAUUGUUUUUUUUUUGGCUAAGAUUUAAACUUAUUUUUCUAUCUUUUUCAAUUUCUUUUGCUGUUUUAAUGAGUUCGAGUAAAUAAGGUGGACCGGGUUCAACUUUUUUUUCUAAUAAUUAUGGUGACAAUAACUAGAAGUUGAGCUAGAAAGAACAUUGUCAUUGCAUGGUGAUUAAGAAGGAAAUAAAUCAAUGUUUAAGGACAAAUAUAUUCUAUAUACCAUACCAUUGAAGGCUUACUUUUUAAAUGGUCUAUUUGGCCAGAUGUGUGCGAGUGGGGAAAUCUCCGUGGGUUGAAUGAGUGAAGUGAAGGAAAAAGUUAAAGAGAAAUGUUAUGACUGAUUACAUUUCUCAGAGGUGUGUCUUACAAUAUGUCAUUUUAUAUUUGAACACCAGUGUUAUAUCUUCAUUGGUCCUGGAAUGUGAGAUAAAGUGCAGUUUAUACAGGUGGUUCAGGGCUUCAGCUUUCUCUGCAGAGUGCUCAGAAGAACUCAGAUUUAAGGGUCCCGCUGUUUGGACCAAAACAUAAAGAUGUUUGCUGUCCAUCUCCACCUCAUCUGUUGUUUCAAAAUACC